AUGUCUUCGCCGAGAACUUCCCAUCCGCCUCAGUCAACUCUACUCGAGCCACAGGACAAUCUCAAUGACAGAGGGGUAUUGGCGGCAGAUAUCCCAUACGAACAGAAUCCUCCAGAGACGGUGGAGCGGCCAUACAGCGUUUACACGACCGGCGAGAAAUGGUUCAUCGUGAUGAUGUCGGGGCUCGCUGCGAUGUUCAGUACAUUCACCGCCAACAUCUACUUCCCUGCGAUCCCGACCAUAGCGACGGCGUUUCAUAAGUCAACGGAAGACAUCAACCUAACGGUGACCGUGUACAUGGUUGUCCAGGGUGUCUAUGUCUCCAGGCCGCUGGGUCCGCCAGCACUGUCGCACUUGGUCGGCCCCUGCCUUGGACCCGUGCUCGGAGGGCUCCUAUCCCAGGGCUUAGGGUGGCGCCUCAUGCCAGAGACACUUCGUGCGUUUGUUGGUGACGGUAGCAUUCCACCACCGCGGUUCUACUCGCCUCUCAUUCCUAUUCUCGGGCGCAGCCGUCCAAGGAGUUACAGCGUCGAUGCGUCCACACGUCCACCGCCAACGCGUUUCCGCAAUCCACUCCGGUUGUUCCUCUAUCCCGACAUCACGUUCUUGCUUAUCUUUACCUCCGUCGUAUACGCCGUCUUCUACGGCGUGAACACAAGCAUAUCGACGCUUUUCGCUACCACAUAUCCGUAUCUUAGCGAGACGGAGAUCGGGCUGUGCUUCCUCGCAAUCGGCGGCGGAAUGCUGGUCGGCGGUCUCGUCAAUGGUAAACUGGUUGAUAUGCAAUACCGGCGCGUUCAGCGCCGAUUGGCUUUGGCAGCACAGAAGGAAAAAGAUCCAGAGAAAUCUAACAACAUGACGAAGGAGGACAAUUUCCCCAUCGUUAGGACACGCCUACAGCUGAUGCCCAUAUACGUUGCUGUCUUCAUCGCGACAUGCGCAUGCUAUGGAUGGACCCUCGAUAAGCGCGCGACCAUUGCGGCUCCGCUAAUUCUACAAUUUAUUCUCGGAUGGGUCACAGUCAGCACAAUGAACAUAACGCAGACGAUCCUCGUGGAUCUCGCACCUGGCCAGGGUGCUUCUGUGACAGCUUGUUACAAUCUCGUGAGGUGCGGCCUUGGAGCAGCGCUAGUCUCAGUUAUCGACAUUAUCAUCGAUCGCUUAGGCGUAGGCUGGACCUAUACUGUGGCUCUUUGGACCACGUUGGAGAGCGCAACGCAUAGCACGACGUCAGGCUAUGGAGAAUAUGCAGUCGUAGACACAUCGGGGCUUUGCUACUCGAUUGCGCUUUCCCUUGUAUUUUAUGGUCUUUUUCAAUCCCUUCGAGUACCUAUCGUUGGUGGCAUACUGAUACUAAUGAACAGAUGUGCAGGAAAGGGUAACAUAAUUCAUCAGGCCAAACGUGCAUCAAUGUGGGGCGACUCCUAG